AGCUAAGAGACAUCACUGGGCCCAGCAUCAGCUGACACCCCAGAACUGAUAACAAGCAGAAGCAGAGGAGGUCGGCAGGGGCCCAAGACCAAUUAAAUCCCUUUAAAAAGCAGGAGGGGAUUUUUGUAGCAAACUGUCAGACUCUUCAGACAUGACCUCUCUAUGUCGGACCACUUAAAAAAAGGCAGCUGCAGAGGAAGGUCCUGCCCCACUGAUCUACGAAGAGAGCUGAGAUCCUUCACCGCUUGAAAAUAAUAAGCAGUAAGUGCUGAGAGCUGACCCCAACGAGAGAGAGGCCUUAUCUCAACUGCGCGCUCACAGACUGAUGUCACCUUUGGUUCGUUAACUUCCUACACCCCUCUGUUACUUUGUUGUGUGGCUGGUCUUCUGUCCCGCUCCGUGUGCUGUGUAAGAAGUGAAGUUUAAUCACAUGGUGAAAUGUCACUGAGUGUGGAAUCCUGAACCUGCUUUAUAAUUGUGGUCAACUUUGCUAUAUAUAUGCCGAAUAAAGCUGACCCUCUGUGGAAAGACACAAUUCCUGUGUGCACCUUCACCCCGUGCUCACGAUCCGGUGCUGUGCUUUCUCCCGCCUCUGUCUCCUACGUCACCUUGACCUGGGUCUGCUUGGAAUCCCUCAGGGCCGGGUCCCUUUGCACCCGCAGCGGCCCGAUGCUCACCUUCCCUUUCCAUGAACGUCACCUGGAAGGUGACCUGGUCCCUGGGGUUGAGGGGUUGGACGGUGCACUCCCCGCCGCCAGAGUUCUGGCUCUGGAAAUAGAUUCCCAGCUUCAAGCGUGUUCGGGGGCUGGACUCGGACACCCGCACCAGCAGCGGGGACGGAGAACGGAGGGUCGAGGCCAUGGCUCUCGGCGUCGUCGGGCUCCGGGGGUGCGUCUAGGCCGGGGCGCGAGUGCGCCGCGCCCCGCCGCCCUGGGCCGCAAAGUUUCAGUUUCGCUUUUCCGGAAAUCCCUCCCCGUUUCUGCAGAGUCGUUCCCCCUCCUCUCUGGGCUGCCCUCCCGGCUGUGGCCCGCCCGCCGGGGUCCUGGAGCAGUGGCUUACAGUGAGAAAUCAGAGACUGCCACUCUUGAAGAAGGCUAUGGUUGGCAAAUUCCCAUUGAUCACAAUGUCUUCACAAUUUUAAAAAAUAAUGAGAGUCAGCUGUGUGAAGUCCUUCAGAAUAAAUUUGACUGUAUCUGUACCCUCAUCUCUCCAUCCCCAGAAGGUAACAGUGAGUCUCUGCAAGUCUUCAGAGAAAUGCUCAUUCCUGGGUUGGAGUUAUCUGUUUGGAGGGAUGACCUCACCAGACACACUGUUGAUGCUGUGGUGAACGCAGCCAAUGAAGAACUUAUUCACGCAGGAGGCCUGGCCCAGGCCCUGGUGAAUGCUGGAGGCCCUGAAAUCCAAGAGGAGAGCCGAAGGUUUAUUUCCAGAUUUGGUAAAAUACCAACUGGUAACAUAGUUAUCACAAGAGCAGGGAGACUUCCCUGCAAGUUAAUUAUCCAUGCUGUUGGGCCCCGGUGGGUGGCAAAAGAUCGUCAGAGAUGUGUCUGUAAGCUGCAGAAGGCCAUUAGAAAUAUUCUGAAUUAUGUCACCCUUACCGAGUCAGACGUUGAGACAGUAGCGAUUCCAGCCCUGAGCUCUGGGAUUUUCCAGUUCCCUCUGGACUUGUGUACACAGACCAUUGUGGAAACUAUCAGUUUAUAUUUCCAAAGGAAGCAACUGGCUGGUAAUUUGAAAGAAAUUCGCCUGGUAAGCAAUGAGUACCCUACUGUUGUUGCCUUUAAAAAUGCUUCAGAAGUAAUCCUAGGGGUGAACAAGCCAGGAGCCCGGGUGAACCAAGAAGCCACCCCACCUGUCAACACGAUUAUUGUAAACAAUUUGACUCUCCAGAUUGUCCAGGGCUACAUUGAACAGCAGGAGACAGAUGUAAUUGUUAAUUCUGUAAAUCCACUGUAUGGUCUUAAGUUCGGACCCGUGUCGACAUCAAUUCUACAACAAGCAGGAGAAGAAAUAGAAUUGGAAUUUAACCAAAAAAUUACUGAGAUACCUCAAGAGUCUCAGUUGGUACUGAUCACAAAAGGAUUUAAAUUGUCCUGUCAAUAUGUAUACCAUGUGUUAUGGCAUUUAAGAUACCCCAAACUGACAACAACACUGGGAAUGGCAGUGAAUGAAUGUUUGCAGAAAUGCCUUGAAUUAAAUAUCACUUCCAUUUCCUUUCCUGCCCUUGGGACUGGAAGCAUUGGUAUAUGGAUGAAUAUAGCAGCUAAGAUUAUGUUUAAUGAAGUUUUAAAGUUUGCCAAAUGCCAUUUGAAAAAACAAUUAACCGUAAAGUUUGUGAUCUUUCCAGAAGAACUGGAGGUCUAUAAUGCUUUCAGUGCUGAAAUGGCAAAGAGUAAGUCCAGGCUACGGGGUUUCAAUAAUUACAGUGUCCCCCAGUUGACCAGAGAGGAGAAAAGAGAAAAUGGGCUCAAAAGUAAAUCUCCUGCCAUCAGCCUGAUGGGACGCAACAUGGAAAAGAUGAAGGAGGCCCAAGCGUGGAUCCGAAGGAUACUGACCCUCCAGGACCACCACAUCAUUGAGAAUUAUCAUAUACUCUACCUUGGAAAAAGGGAACAUGACAUUUUGACUCAGCUUCAGAAUAAUUUAAGGGUCUCUAUCUCAGAGAUUAUCAGUCUGGAAAAGGUAAUUUUAGAGAUUAAAGGAGCCCAGGCUAGCCUCAUUGAGGCGGUUAUGAACAUUGAACAUAUGCUGUGUGAAGUUCAAGAGGAAAUGGCAAGAAAAAAGGAGCUAGCCCUUUGGAGCUUGUCAGGACAAUGGACUGAUUGGCAACCAAAAAACCAGGAUGAAAUGAAAAGGAAUACAUUUCUGAAAUGCCUUAAGCUUUCAACUGAGGAAAUUCAGAAUCAGAAGAAACAGUUUGAAAGCUGUGGUUUGCAGGUUAUAAAGGUGGAGGAAAUUGACAAUGUGUUUCUCAUGGCUGUCUUCCAAAGAAAGAAGAAAAUGGUGGAAGAAAGAACACAUAGGGAUCCUGUGAGCCACAGGUUGUUUCAGCAAGUUCCUUACCAGUUCUGUGAAGCAGUAUGCAGAGUUGGCUUUCAAAGAAUGUACUCGAUGCCCUGUGACCCAAAAUAUGGAGUUGGUAUAUACUUCACCAAGAAUCUGAAAAACCUAGCAUACCAAGUCAAGAAUACAUCUUCCACAGAUGAACUGAUCUAUGUGUUUGAAGCUGAAGUACUCACAGGCUCCUUCUGUCAGGGUCAUCAUUUAAAUAUUUUCCCCCCACCGUUGAGUCCUGGAGACAUAGAUAGCCAUGACAGCGUGGUUGACAAUGUCUCCAACCCUGAAACCUUUGUUAUUUUUAGUGGCACACAGGCUAUGCCUCGAUAUUUGUGGACUUGCACCCAGGAUCAUGUACAACCACAGAAUGACUCAGCAGGACCAAUGAUGCUAUCUUCACAGCAGCCUUGGGAAAGAUUCUCAAGUGGUAGCUCUGUUGAUUAACCUCUGUUGAUUAACCUCCACAUCAUUUUGACAACUGGCAUGUCCUUACUUUGGAGGAACUAUCCAAAUAAUGACCAUCAGUAAGUCAGAGUGGCUUGAAUAUGUCAAAUGGGUUGUCCAUGUGGACUGAUUGUGUUAUUCAAGGGACCCACCACAUCCUCACAUCUUAGUUCUUUCAUCUUUGUCUUCAUCUCUUGGUAUUGAGGUGGAUAGAUCCCAACUAAAACACUCUCAGGACCAUUCCCUCUCCUUCAAGUUGUCCUUUCACCUCUUUUACUAUAGGUAACAGCAAAAAUGUUUUACGUGUAAUGAAGGGAUUUUUCUAGCAUACAAUCCAAGCCUUUUUAGUUUCUAAAAUGGAUAGUGUAAUAGCAGGAUGCUUUUGGAUUUUCCAGAUAAUCUUAUAUAGUGUUUUAGAUAUCAAAAUAAAUCAUCUUUGUCUGAGUAACUGGCUUUGAAAAGUUAUAUGUAAAAUGACAUUAUUCGAAGUGGAAGGACAUCAAAAGGCUGAUAAUCUACUGAUAUCAUAUUUGGAUUCAGCCAUAUCAAGCAAUGCCAUUCAAGCAUCAUGAGGCCAAAUGAUUAAGUCACUAAAUAUUUCUUGAUCAUCAGAUGUGUUUCAUUUUUCUGGAUACUGGGGACAUGAUGCCAGACAAGGCAAAUAUCUUCAGGCAGCUGGCAGCCUGAAUAAUCAGAAAUGCAGCUAUAUGAUUGAGUAUAAUAAAAGAGGAUUUACAGAUUCUUUGGAAAAAAUUAAGAGGGAGAGGAAUAAAUUAAUCAGGGGUUGGGAGGAAGGCCUUCUAAAGAAAGUGAAACUCAAGAUGAAACCUGAAGUAUUUGUAAGAGGUAGGUGAAAGAGGGAUGUAGCAAAUCAGGAGCAGAGAUGGAAGAAUACUUUAUGCAGAGAGAAAAGCUCUUAUAAAGGCUGAAUCCACUGUGACUUUGCCCAAAUUUGACUUCAGAGUUCUGUAAUGUAAAGGCCAGCUAAUCUCACCAUUUAUCUCUUGCCUAUUCUGAAAUCUGUAUUUCCCUAUGCUUCCAAAAUUUCCUCACCCUCAUAUCCUUACACAGAACACUUCUUCUUCCUCUUACUGUAACCAGCAUUCUUCCUCUUUUUUUAAAUCCCCUUCACCUAUUUCACCAACCCCACCCACCUCCCCUCUGGUAACAAUGUUUGUUCUCUGUAGUUAACAGUAUAUUUCUUGGUUUCUUUUUUUUUUUUUCUUUGUUUUGUUUCUUAAAUUCCACAUAUCCGCGAAAUCAUAUGGUAUUUGUCUUUCUCUCCCUGGCUUAUUUCACUUAGCGUUAUAUCCUCUAACUCCAUUCAUGUUGUUGUAAAUGGCAAGAUUUUAUUAUUUUGGGAGGGGAUGAAUAAUAUUCCAUUGGGUAUAUCUAUACCGUAUCUCCUUUAUUGAUUCAUCUAUCAAGGGGCUGCUUUCAUAAUUUGGCUACUGUAAAUAAUGCUGCAAUAAACAUAGGGGUGCAUAUAUCUUUUCAAA